AUGACCGAGAGGUUAGUCAUAUUGUUGAUUGGCAAUGGAGGGAGAGAGGAUGCUCUGGCCUGGAGACUGAGUCAAUCAGCUCGUGUCUCCCAAAUAUACGUAGCACCCGGCAACGGAGGUACUGCCCGAGGCCGUGACAAAGUCUCGAACAUCUCAAUCUCCUCUGAUGAUUUCCCCGCCCUUGUUCAAUUCUCAAAAGAUCAGGCAAUCAACUUGGUGGUUCCAGGGUCUGAGGCUCCUCUGGUUGCCGGCGUGACCGAUUAUUUCAAGAAUGCAAUACCCAACAUACGUAUCUUUGGUCCAUCUAAAGCAGCUGCAGUCCUUGAAGGAUCAAAGACCUUCUCAAAGAACUUCAUGAAAAGAUACAAGAUUCCAACAGCACGUUAUUCUAAUUUUAGUGACUACGAGAAGGCUAGUAACCAUAUCGCAGAUAUCGACUAUGAUAUUGUCAUCAAAGCUACGGGGCUCGCAGCAGGAAAAGGUGUUAUCAUACCAGCCUUUAAGGAGGAAGCACAAGCAGCAUUGAAGGGCAUGAUGCUGGAUGAAAGAUUCGGCGAUGCAGGUAAAGAAGUAGUGAUCGAGGACACUGGAGGGAUGGGAGCUUAUUCCCCAGCGCCAAUCGCUACCCCCGACUUAGUAGAAGAGAUCCAUCGUACAGCACUGCAACCUACCAUUGAUGCAAUGCGGAAGAAUGAGCACCAGCCAUUUAUCGGCCUUCUGUUCACAGGCUUCAUGAUCACCAAAGAUGGACCAAGAGUUCUCGAGUACAAUGUGCGCUUUGGGGACCCCGAAACGCAGACCCUUCUACCUCUCUUGGAUCCAAAUACUGACCUUGCCGAAAUCAUGGUUGCUUGCACUGAUCGAUGGCUGGAUGGUGUUGAUAUUAAGAUCAAAGACGGGUCCUCUGUAACCGUCGUUGCUGCGGCGGAGGGUUACCCCGGUUCUUAUCAGAAAGGCGAAAAAAUUACCAUCAACCGUAAACUCAAGCUUAGAAAUACUGAUCACAUCUUUCACGCUGGUACUUCUAUGAACGAUAGUACUCUAGAGACCGCUGGCGGCCGAGUCGUUGCUGCUACUUCCACGGCCGACUCGCUUGAGCAAGCUUUGAAACAGGCUUACAGCAUUUUAGACUCGAUUACGUGGCCAGGCAAGUACUUUCGUAAGGAUAUUGGUCAUCGAGCACUUGCCACCAAUUCGCCCUCGGAGUCUCAGGAAGGCUCUGCCAUGACUUACGCCGGUGCUGGUGUCUCCAUUUCCACUGGGAAUGAGCUGGUCAAACGAAUCAAGCCUUUGGUACAGUCAACAGCACGUCCAGGCACCUCGGCCGUGAUAGGGGGUUUUGGUGGAACCUUUGAUCUCUGUGAAGCCGGCUACGAGAAACCGCCGCGAACAGUCACAUGUACCGAUGGAGUAGGAACAAAGCUCAUGAUUGCGCAAGCGAUCGGAAAGCACGAUACUAUUGGAAUCGAUCUGGUCGCCAUGAAUGCAAACGAUGUGGUUGUCCAAGGCGCAGAACCCCUGAAAUUCACAGAUGUAUACACCUGCGGACGGCUAGAUGUUGAUAUUGCCGUCGACGUAAUUAAAGGUGUUUGUGAAGGGUGCAAGCAGGCUAAUUGUGCCUUGGUUGGAGGUGAGACGGCAGAAAUGGCUGGUCUUUUACAGCCAGGGGCCUAUGAUAUUAACGGUACCUGCGAAGGGGCUAUACCGUGGGAAAGGAAAGAGUUGCCAAACAAGGCGGCCAUGAAAGAAGGUGACAUUCUGCUGGGUCUUGCAAGCAGUGGAUGCCAUUCUAAUGGGUUCUCACUAUAUCGUAAAAUAAUUGAAAAAGUAGGGUUGCGAUAUACCGACGAAGCACCCUGGAAUCUGCAGGAGGCAGUCGGCGAAAGUCUCUUGACACCAACUCGUAUCUAUGUCAAAUCUCUGCUCAAGGCCGUCGACAAGGACCUGAUCAAAGGCAUGGCUCAUAUCACAGGUGGUGGACUCAUCGAAAAUGUUCCCCGCAUGUUGCCAUCAGAGCUUGCUGCACAACUGGAUGCAAGGACCUGGGAAUGCCCAGCUAUACUACGGUGGCUGAAAAAGGCUGGGAAUGUCAGCGAUGAGGAGUUCUGCCGAGUUUUCAAUACCGGUUUGGGUAUGGUCUUGGUUGUGGACAGAGAUGUAGCAGAGGAAGUCAGGCUGCUGCUUCGGCACUAUGGGGAAAAAGUUUCCAACGUUGGCCUAUUGAGCAAACGAGAAGGCCCUGGAUGUGAGGUCGAAAAUCAGCAUGUAUGGAAUACCUAA